AUGUCUACAGAUAACAACUAUGACACCUGCGAACCCACUACAUCAGAAGCACUCAGUGACUAUCAGCUUUUUCAGGACUUCAACGUUCCACUCACCGCUUCCCACUCUGUGAAGGAAGAUUUGUUUCUGGUGCAAGCUUAUCCUUCCUGGUGUCCUGAAAAUGGAGCACAACUUUCCCAAGAGGAUAUCAAACUGAUAUUUUUCAAGUUGAAAGCAGUAUUUGGGUUCCAGACUGACAGCUGCGAGAACAUGUUUGAGUUUUUUAUGACUCAGGUGGACUCGAGAUCAAGUCGAAUGCCAUGUUCUCAGGCACUUCUAUCACUUCAUUCAGACUACAUUGGAGGCAACAGAUCCAACUACAAGAAGUGGUACUUUAUGGCUCACCUUGAGUUGGAUGAAGGGAUUACCACGUCCAAUAUUUGGAAGAACUACUCCAAGUAUGCUAGGAAAUCGAACAGAAAUAAGCUCACGAAUAUGAAUAAUGAGAACAGUAUGCUUGGAUUAGAGAUCAAGUGGAAGACAAAAAUGCUGAAAUUAUCAGAAGCAGAUUGUGUGACUCAGGUUGCAUUGUACUUGUUGAUUUGGGGAGAAGCAAAUAAUGUCAGAUUCAUGCCCGAGUGUCUUUGUUUUAUCUUCAAGUGCGCUUUGGACUACUAUGAUAGCCACUUAGAAGAAGGCAAAAUCAACUUCUUGCAAGAGGUCAUCACUCCCAUCUACAAGUUUAUUAGAAAUCAGCAAUAUAAGAUGGUGGACGGGAAUUGGGUGAAAAACACCAGAGAUCAUGAUGCCAUUAUCGGCUAUGACGAUGUCAACCAAUUUUUUUGGUUUCCUGAAAACAUUAAACGAAUCAAGUUGGCAGAUGGCACCUUGUUAAUUGAUUGUCCAAGAAAUCUCCGGUUCUUGAACUUCAAAAUGGUGAUGUGGGGUUCUUGCCUUUACAAAACAUAUUUUGAAAAAAGAACAUGGUUACAUUUGUUGACAAAUUUCAGCAGAGUUUGGAUUAUUCACAUCUCCAUGUUUUGGUUUUACACCAGUUUCAACUCCCCUUCUUUGUACACCCACAACUAUGACCCUUUGACAGAUAAUAAGCCUGCUCCCCAAGUACAGUGGACAAUAGUUUCGCUUGGAGGAUCUAUUGCUUGUAUCAUAGCGUUUUUUGCAGUCAUAUUUGAGAUGGUAUUUGUUCCCCGACAAUGGCCUGGUUCUCAACACUUAUUUGGGAAAUUGGUGCUUCUACUACUUCUAACAAUGGUUAAUGUUGCUCCAAGUGUUUACAUUUUGGGAUUCUUACCUUAUGAUGCUUAUUCAGUUCACGGAAGAUGGGUCGGAAUCGGACAGUUUGUGAUCUCGAUCACUUCGGUGCUAUAUUUGUCCAUAAAACCACCACUGACAUACUUUGAGUCUAUUAUUAAGCCCAACACAGGCUUCAUUAAAGCCAAGAUUUUCACAUCCCUGUUCCCGAAGUUGAGUUCUAGAGGCCAAAAGUUUUCGGCUCUUUUGUGGUUGUCGGUUAUUCUCUUGAAAUCGUUUGAAUCAUACAUGUUCUUGACUUUAUCUUUGAGAGAUCCUAUCAGAGAGUUGUGGUCAAUGGAUUUAUCAAGGUGCCAUGGAGAUGUGAUUUUCCAGAGACUCUUGUGUGCGUACCACGCGAGAUUGCUUUUGGGUCUCCUUUUCAUCACCGAUUUGGUCUUAUUCUUUUUGGAUACCUACUUGUGGUACAUUAUCCUAAACUGUUUGUUUUCUAUUAUCUUGUCAUUUUCAUCAGGACUAUCAGUUUGCACCCCAUGGAGAAACAUAUUUCUAAGGUUGCCGGAAAGGAUUUGCAGCAAGUUGAUCAUUCUUAAUGGAGAUUCUAAAACGGAGACUACGCAGUUGGUUGCUCACAUCUGGAACAGUAUUAUCAUUUCAAUGUACAGGGAACACAUUUUGCCAUUGGAACAAGCCAAAAAGUUGAUCUAUGAAUUGACUGAUGAUGCAGAUAUUGGAUAUGGAGAGAAAAAUGUCUUGGUUAAAGCUCCUCUGUUCUUCAUAUUCCAAGGCGAUAAUAGUUUCAGCAUGAAGGACUAUAUAACAAUGGGAAAAGAGGCACAACGAAGGAUAAGCUUUUUUGCCCAGUCUUUAACCAGUCCGAUCUCUGAGCCAAUUCCAACCACCGCAAUACCAUCUUUCACGGUGCUCAUUCCACACUAUUCUGAGAAGAUUCUUUUAAGCUUGAAGGAAAUCAUCAAGGAAGAUAAAGGUUCAAAGGUAUCAAUAUUGGACUACUUGAAGUUGUUGAAUAAAUCUGACUGGAACGCCUUUGUGCAAGACACAAAGAUUUUAACCAAUAUUCCUGAUAGACCACCAACACCAGAAAGAAAGGAGAACCAUGCCGAUUUGCCUUACUACUAUAUUGGCUUCAAGGACUCCCUACCCGAGUAUACUCUUAGAACAAGAAUCUGGGCUUCCUUAAGAACCCAAACCUUAUACAGAACUGUGUCGGGGUUCAUUAACUAUGAAGCUGCCCUCAAAAUAUUGUUCAAGUCAGAAGAUGUGAAUUUUAAGUAUAAGAAUAACUUGUAUCCUGAAUUAGUCAAGGAUGAGCUUCACAGAUUUGCUGAGAGAAAGUUCAGGCUUUUGAUUUCACUUCAAAAAUACCAGAAGUUUAGUGUCGAGGAAAAGGAAAACGUCAAGUAUUUAGUGGAAGCAUUUCCCAAUAUUAAAAUCGCCUACAUCGAAGAAGAAUCUGAUCAAGAUACUAAUGAAACUACCUAUUACUCCACUUUGUUAGAUUUCACCAAAACAGACUCCAAUGGAAAUUUCAAGAAGAGGUUGAGAGUCCAACUCUCCGGUAACCCCAUUCUAGGUGAUGGGAAAUCAGAUAAUCAGAACCAAUCGAUAAUCUUCUACCGAGGCGAGUACAUUCAGGUAAUAGAUGCAAACCAAGAUAAUUACUUGGAGGAGUGCUUGAAGAUCAAAUCAGUAUUGGCAGAUUUUGAAGAAUAUAACUUGGAUAUCGAUGAAGAGUACAACCCCAACAUUUUCAAACCAACCAAAGAUCCUGUUGCAAUACUUGGGGCAAGAGAGUACAUUUUUUCCGAGAACAUCGGAGUGGUUGGAGAUGUUGCAGCAGCUAAGGAACAAACUUUUGGUACUUUGUUCGCCAGAACUCUCGCUGAAAUUGGUAGUAAGCUUCACUACGGACAUCCCGAUUUCUUGAAUGGAAUUUUCAUGACAACUAGGGGAGGAAUUUCCAAAGCUCAGAAAGGUUUGCACCUCAAUGAAGACAUCUAUGCUGGAAUGAUGGCAACCUGUCGAGGAGGAAGAAUAAAGCACUGUGACUACUAUCAGUGUGGGAAAGGCCGUGAUUUGGGGUUUAAUACUGUACUUAACUUUACCGUCAAAAUCGGUGCUGGAAUGGGAGAACAAAUACUUUCAAGAGAGCAUUUCUAUAUGGGAACUUCCUUACCCAUAGAUCGAUUCUUAUCUUUUUACUAUGCACAUGCCGGAUUUCACCUCAAUAACUUGUUCAUAUCCUUGUCGGUGCUGUUAUUUAUGUUGGUGUUGCUCAAUCUUGGUGCUUUGAAACACGAAACCAUAAUCUGCAGCUAUGGCCCCCACAACCCAACAACCGAUAUCAGACAGCCUCUUGGAUGCUACAACAUCCAAACAGUGCUCAAUUGGGUUACCAGGUUUGUGUUGUCUGUGUUUAUCUGUUUCUUCAUAUCGUUCUUGCCAUUAUUGUUUCAAGAGUUAAUUGAAAAGGGAGUUCUCAGGGCAGUUUCAAGAAUAUUCUUCCACUUUAUUUCCCUAUCACCAAUAUUCGAAGUGUUUGUGUGCCAGAUUUAUGCUAAAUCCCUUGAAGAUAACAUUACAUAUGGAACUGCCAAGUAUAUUGCAACUGGUAGAGGGUUUGCAACUGUUCGACAGCCAUUUACGUCAUUAUUCUCAAGGUACUCGUCGCUCUCGUUGUAUAAGGGUUCGACAUUCUUUUUGACUGUCUUGUUCUCUUGUAUCACCAUGUGGCAGCCUUCUCUUCUUUGGUUCUUCAUCAGUUUCAUCUCCAUGUGCCUUGCACCCAUACUUUUCAAUCCUCACCAGUUUUCAUUUGCCAAAUUCUUCUUGGACUAUCGAGAGCUCAUGAGAUGGUUCUCCAGAGGAAACUACAAAUGGCACAACUCUUCUUGGUAUGGUUACCAGAAAGUUCAACGGUCCAAGGUCUUGGGAUACAAGAAAACAGUUAUAAGUACUUAUGGGCGUAAUGUCACCGAUAAUCGAAAGAGAACCUCAAAACUUCACCAAUUUAGCAGCCAGGUGCUUCUUCCAUUUAUUCCAUUAUUUUUCAACUUGACUGCAUUCAUGUUUAUGAAUGCCCAAACAGGGGUACGGAGACCAAAGGAAGUGAACCCCCUUAUAAGAAUUGUCUUGGUGGCAUUACUACCAUUGAUGUCUAAUGUUGUAGUUUUAGCACUUGGGUUUGCGCUCUCGUGCAUCUUAGGUUCCAUUUUCCGGUUCAGAAAGUUCUCCAGUACUAUGGCAGCUAUAGGCCACGGAAUCGCCCUGGUAAUUACCAUGGUCACCUUUGAGGUUCUCCUUUAUCUAGAGUCCUGGAACUUUUCACGAGCACUCUGCGGGUUCAUAUUGGUAAUAUCUAUUCACGGAAUGCUCAGAAACAUCCUCUUCCUUUUCCUCACCAAAGAACUCAAAGACGACACCGCCAACCAUUCCUGGUGGUCUGGAAGGUGGUUCAAUCAAGGCUUGAAACUUCUUGUGAUAACCCAGCCGGUGAGAGAGCUCCUGGUCAAACUAGUGGAAAUGAUGUCAUUCAGCUAUGACUUCUUACUUUGUCAGGGAAUUUUGUUUUGUGUGUUUCCACUUCUUUUCGUUCCUUUCAUCGAUAAGCUCCACACCAUUAUGUUAUUCUGGUCUGAAUACAACAAAAACAACUUCCGUUCUGCGAUUAUUUCAAAAAGGCUCCAACGAAAGAGACGGCGGAUUGUGAUACUUCAUUUUAUUCUUUUCACCACUAUGUUAGUCAUUUUCAUUGGCCUCGCUACGGGACCCGUAUUCGCGUCAAGGUACAUCCCCGAGCUAAAGGAGGUAUCGGUAUUCCCGGUACCAGACGUCUUCCAUAAACUAGUGCAGCCUAAUCAUCAGAACCACAAUGACACGGGUCCUGAAGCUCCACCAACCGUUCUUCGUGAAAGGCCCGAAAUGUCGUCGAUGAAAUCUGUGUUUUAGCAGCCAUUAUUUUUCGCGCUCCAGAAAACGUAAACAAAAAAAUAGCAUUGUGAUCUGAUACCCCGUAUGAAUAAACGUACCAUUCGC